UACUUUUUGUAGGACUGUUUUUCCAUCAGAUGGGACCUGGUGUAUGCGGCAUGUUUCCCACCUCUUCUUGUAUAUAUUGCAAGUGCAGAAUGAUGGUUUAGAUGGAGUAGUGCAAAUUCCCAAACUGGGUCAACUUGGUCUGUGAAAGAGCUUCUCUGUUGUCAUCUGAAAUCAACGACCCCUCACCAGCUGGCCACCAUGAAUGCCUCAGCCCUGCCACUCAACAGCACCCCGCUGUGCUACUCCAUCAGAAGCCCUCCGUUUGUUAUCAACCAGAGUAUCGCCUCUGCCUACUACUCAUACAUCUUCGGCACUUUGGGUCUAACCUCCAAUCUCAUUGCCUUUGUGGUUCUCCUCAAGUCCUUCCAGCAGACACAUAGCCGCUCACGCUCCUUCCUGAUCUUCUUGGGUGGCCUGGUGGUCACUGAUUUCAUGGGUCUUCUGGUCACAGGCUCCAUUGUGAUCUCCUUCCAUGUUACGCAAUUUAAUUGGCGCAAGGUAGAUCCAUACUGCCACUUCUGCAACUUCAUGGGCAUGUCUAUGGUUUUCUAUGGACUGUGCCCUCUGCUGCUUGGCGCUGCCAUGGCGGUGGAGCGCUUCAUUGGCAUCAACCGUCCAUUUGCACGCUUUUCCAGUGGCAUGCCCAAGAGCCGGACCGUCUCCAUGGUGCUGAUGGUGUGGUUCAUCGCAGGCUGCAUAGCUUUGCUUCCUCUAACAGGCAUUGGAAGCUACCACAUGCAGGUGCCCGGCUCAUGGUGUUUUUUCAACAUUAGCUCUGAGGGAAAUGACCAGGCCUUCUCCCUGCUCUUCUCUCUGGUCGGGUUGAUGUGCAUCGCUGUGUCAUUUUUGCUGAACACAGUGAGCGUCGUGACCCUGAUCAAGGUGUGCUGUGGACAGGGCAGCCUCCAGCGUCGCAGAGACCAUGAAGUAGAGAUGAUGGUUCAGCUCAUCCUCAUUAUGGCCAUUGCUUCUAUCUCUUGGUGCCCCCUCCUGGUCUUUAUUGCACAAACUGUGCUGUCCAGAAGUCCUCUCCAGGUGAAAUACCUACUACUAUGGCUCCGCUUUGCCACCUGGAACCAGAUCCUGGAUCCCUGGGUAUACAUCUUGUUCCGCAGGGCAGUUCUUAAGAGAAUCUACCCCCGUCUCGACUGGUCCCGAGGCUCCAUGAUGACCUUGUACCCUUCUAUUAGCGGCACUAUCCGCAGGUUCACACGCUCUUCAAUUGGGAACACCGUGGGCUCAGAUGAAGGAACAGACAAUGAAAAAUCAAAUGUAUUGGCCACAUCUAUUUAAAGCCACCACCUCCUUCUCCGUGACUGGUUGGUUUUGAGUUGUUGCCACAAUGACAUCAUUGGGGUUAUAGUAUGUUUGUAUUUUCAGGUUCUGAUGAGUUUUCAUUUUAACUGUGUGAGCAGGAUAAGAAGCAGGAUUGUAUCUGAAAGGACUGAAUAUGGUUAUUUUAUCACAUACUAUUAAAAUGUUUAGAGGUAUUAGCAAGGGCACUUUCCUUUAGAACAAAGCAUAAAGAGAGCAGGUGCUGACUGAACACUUACUAGGGAUCAGACGUGUAAUCUAUGGAUAAAAUAUAGUCUCUUUAACCAAUAUACAUAAGACUUUAGUCUGCUAAACAGAUGUAAUGCUAUCAACAUGCACUGCUCUAGAUGUACUGCCCCAUCAAGUGCCUUCAUUUAUUUAUAUUUGAGUUAUCAACACAUUGCAUCGGAUAAUGGCCGGCAAUUGUUUUAAUUUGAUACUUCAUUCUGGUAGGUAUUAUGCCUCAUAAUCACAUCUACAUUUUUCUCAGAUGCUCAGUGUCACAUUAUACCCAUUUAUGUUUUCAGGCUAAUGCUAAGUAUUGUUCAUGUAUUCCUUCCUUUCUUAAGUAUUUACUCUGAAACUGGAGAAGACUUUGAAUGUAGAAGGUACGUAAAUGUUUGAUUCCACAGAGCAUCUGACACUGCCGGAUUCUAAUCUUGUAGAGGUGCUGACAAGUGAUAAUGCUUUGACUAUCAUGAAAUAUUGUAGAGACUGCCCACGUACAGAAGCUGAUUAUACAAUGUCCAUUUCAAGAGUUUAUAAAAUAUUACGCAUAUAUUUUCUAUGUGUUAAAUGUUGUGAGGAUGCAUGUGAAUCAAACCAGACCUUGACAUGAUCAGUAAUCCAUGAAUGGGAUCAUCUGGUUUAGUCCUCAUAAUUUCAAAAUAAAGUUGAUGCCAAUGAGAAUGUGUAUAGUUAGAAAUCCCUAGCUGCUAUAUACAAACAAUGCUUCACAUUAGCUGUUCAGUAUUACUGAAGUAAAAAACUGAGAAAGUGUAAUUAUUGUCUAAUGAAGAUUUAAGUUGCCCACUAUCGUUAACAGUGUUAUAUCAAUAAAUCAAAUUAUUAUAGUAAUAUAUUACUUGAUAAGUAAUGUUACCAAUAUAUAUCACUGGUGGGAUUUGGCUCUAUUCAUUUUAAACCCUCCCAUCUUAAACUGUCAGAUCACCUACAUCCAAGAACAAAUGUUUUCUCACCUAACACUAUUGAUGUCAUGAAGACAGCAUUUGGUUUUAAUUGCCAGGUUUUGAGACAUUAACCUCUGAGGUUACUACAUUGAAGGUGAAAGGAAAUUCAUUUGUGUUGCUCAAACAAAUGGAAAAUUAUAUUUAAAACAUUCAACUGAAACAUGUCUUACUGAGAAAAAAUGUAAGUGCUGAAGAAUGUUAAGUGGAGGUUUACGUAAGUAGGACAAUACAUAGUAUGUCAUUUGGGUGGAAUGACCCUUUAAAAACAGGCUUUCUCAGUUGUUUUACUUUUCUGUGAACCAAGGUAAUUUCUGGGGAAGCCAAACAGUACUGAAGUUCAAUAUUUCUGGUAUGAAGGUAUAACUACAUGUGCGUGCCUACAUCGGUUUUAGAUUUGCAGAAUAAUACCUAUGCAAAUAUUUCUUAGACACAGACACAGAGUGGUAGAAAAAUUCAAAACAAUUCAUGGUUUCCACAAUUGGAAUUGGAAUUAGAAUUAGCCUUGCCAACGAGCUCAGACCGACAUAAUAUUUAUAGGGCAUCUCUGCCUCUGUCUGUUGCUGUCAGCCAAUAAGGUGUUUAUGAAAACAGUGAGCAGGAAGUGGGUGGAUAUUUUAGUAGUUGGAUAAUUCAAAUUCCGUCUGACAAUUUGGGCAGUGUAGUUACAAGCAUUGUAGAUAGCAUUGUAUUAUAGUAUUAUAAUUGUAUUAUAAAAUAAAAUAUAACAUUGAAACAGUCAUCUUGCUCUACUUGAUUACUCUUUGUUGAUUUUCACUCAGAGUGUCACUCAAUUACCCAACAAAUCACUGAACUAAUCACUCAUAAUGACUUAGCUGUAUCUUGUUUUAACUCCUUAGCAGUAUUAUCAAGUGAAAAUUAAGUGUAAAUGUUGAAUGUGAUUGACAGAAAUGGUAUGUGAUUGCGUAUAUAAAUAAAGAAUUAGUAAAAUGCAGAAAAAAAAGAAAUAUUUUAAAUGGGCUUUUCUGUUAAACACACAAAUGCUUGAAAACUAUCAUUUCAACCUUUUUACUUACUUUAAACAUAUGAAAUGUGCCAUACAUUUUCAGGUCUUCACAAAGAGGUGCAGUCAUAUACAAAGUGUUACAACAAAACAUCAUACAAAUACUGAUAGCAGUAGCUGAAACAGUGUAGUCACAAUAAGUGAAGCGGUGUCAAACUGUAUUUUAAAAUGUGGCUGUUCAGUGUUUGCUUGCUCACAUGUAUGCAAAGAAUAUGACUUUAUAAAUUGUCCACAUUGUUUGGUGAUCCAGAAAACAUAUAACUGUCAAACUCCAAUAUGUAGUUUGAUGGUUCCUUCUUUUAAAGUAAAUACUCUCCAAUGCAGAGACAGAAAGAGAAAGCAGCACAUUGGAAAUAAGAACAGAUGUACUGAAGUAUAAAGACUGCAACAAACUGAUCCAGUAUAUUUACAUUAUCUCUUUGAUACAAACCAGAAAGUUUCCUGUAAAGUUGGAAUUUUAAUAUUAGUGAGCAUGAAGACCUUCAUUUUUAAGGCAAAAUUAAUGCAGAAAACUUCAAGGAAAUGGUUCACAUGCACACAAGAUAGUUUUAUUUAUUUGGUUAUUUUGUUAUCGUGAGAAGUUCUAGGCUUGCUUCCUGUUUGACAGUAAUGAUCAUGUGGUAAAAUGUGAAUCGCAAGGCAGUGCCAUUUAGCCCAUCUCCUUGACGUUCAUUGUCAGAUUUCUCCGUUUUCAUUUUCAAUUUUUGACAGUUCAAGUUCAGAUGAAUAACUUACUUAGAUGACUGAGAAAUAAAUAAAUAAAUACUGGCAAUUAUUUUAAUUGAACUUGGAGCACUUGGUUAUUUCAGAAAAGGUCAACAAAUUCUAUAGAAAUAUAGUGACAACCUACUUUCAAACAUGAACAACUUAUCAUGCAUCUCCGGCUUGUAUAGGUUAUUGGUAUUGAAGAAGUAGACUAAUACAGUUUGGAAUGACCCAAAAAUGUCUCCUUGUUCCUCUGCUGUUAUUCCCAGUGGGUUUUCAUCAGAGGAAAAUGGUUUACUGCAGCUUAUCUAACUUCCUUGAUUCCUAGAUGGCUGGAUGAGUGUCUGUUUUGCAGCUGUGUUUCCUGACAUGUUGUUUAAAUACCCUUUACAUAAUGGUCUUAUUGUAUGGAGAGAGAGCCCCUUUGAUCAAAAUGGGGAGAUUCCUGUAUUUUGAUGAACCAUCUAAUUUUACUGUCACUGUUGUCCACCCUGAACAAUAUCCCCAGCUAAAUGCCUACAGUAAAGGUUCAUUUCAAUCUUUGAUUUCAAUACAAAUAUAUAUAUAUUAAACUCGACUGCAAUUUUCUGUUCUCUGUUUGUUGUAGAGAUUUGUCCAAAUUUGGGAGUGAUGAUCUGCUUUAAAUGUUCAAAGGGAAAUUUUUGAAUUAAUUGCAGUCUCUGUCUUGAUUUUAAAGGAAGUGAUUAAAAUGGAUGUUUUUGUUCCACUUUGAUGUACCAAUAAACAGAGCUCUUUCUCUCUUGCUGUUGA